GUGACUGCAGUUUUUCUUACCAACAAAACCCUUAGGACAAGUACAAAUUAUUUCAUUGUUAACAUGGCCGUUGGGGAUCUAUUGUCCGCUGUGAGCACAUGGCCGCUGUACGCCACUGAGGGGAUGCUGUCAGGAAAACAUUUGAUCGAUGAUCCAGUAGCCACAGCUGUUUGUAAAAUAAGUCUGUAUUUCAGAGGCGUGUCACAGGUUAUUUCAGUUUUCAGCUUAGUCGGUAUAGUCGUGGAGAGGUUCGUUGCUGUAGUUCAUCCACUUAAGGCUAAAGUUCUGAUGGAAAAGACUCGACCCCGAGCUGUUUCAUUGGCACUGACUUGGAUCAUCCCGUUACUACUAGCUGUACCAUACCUCAGAUUCUUACGGAUCGUUAGGCUUAAUGAGAAUCAACCACUCUGCUCGCUUUCGUGGGAAGCGGAGAACCGCUAUGUAUUCUAUGCUAUUGGAUUUGUUAUGUUCUACUGUACCCCCCUGGUUUUGAUCAUCAUUCUUUAUACCAAGAUCAUAAAAAGUUUGAAGCGAUCAAGACGCGUCACUGAUGAGCAGGACCAAGCGCUGAAUAAGAUAAGAACAAGAAAUCACAAACAAAACCAGAAUAUUAUGAAGGUCUUUGCAUCAAUUGUCGUGGUCUUUUUCGUCUGCUGGACUUCAAUUGUUGUAUAUCUAAUAUUACUUGAAGCAGUUUACCCAUCACAAGACAGAGACUCUUGUUUGCUUGUACUAGGUUUGUUAUUUUACAUAUUGCCAUCUUUACCAGCGGCAAUCAACCCCAUAAUACUUUUCGUGUCGAGCACAAAUUUCCUUACUGCUCUGAAAGAUAUGUUCAAUCGUUUUUCGUGUAUAAAGUUGUGGACGAGAGGCUCUCAUUGA